UUGCAUGGAAACAUAAAGCAAAAUAUAAACAGAAACACCACGAGGCGAAGCAGCAAGUAACCGUGUCCAAAAAAGAUGAGUGCGUUUCGAGCUCUGCAGUUUCAAAAACUUUCAAAAUUUGCUUUUGCGAAGCAAAUAAUCACUACUGGCGGGUACAGAUUUGUGAAUCGUGCAGCAAAUAGCUACAAUGUUUUCAGAGCUCCAGCAGUUCAAUCGCUCCGCUGUCUCAGUACCCAACCGGCUGAGGAGAAAAGCAGCUAUCAUUCCAUAAUUCGGGAUUCAGAGAAGCCGGUCGGAACAAGUGACCAGCAUGAAUUUCAAGCGGAAACAAGGAUGCUGCUUGACAUUGUAGCAAGAUCGCUUUAUUCCGAUAAGGAAGUAUUCGUUCGAGAACUGAUUUCCAAUGCUAGUGAUGCGCUCGAGAAAUUUCGCUACACGAUUCAUACUGCUGGCGAAGGAGAGAAAGAUUUCUCUGAUGCAGAUAGAGCCCUGGAGAUUCACAUAGGCACUAAUAAGCAAGAUCGUUUACUAACCAUCCAGGACACGGGAAUCGGCAUGACUAAAGAUGAACUAAUAUCCAACUUGGGUACCAUUGCACGCUCGGGAUCGAAACAUUUUAUUGAACAGCUGAAAGAGAAAGGGACAAGCGCUGAAAACGCGCAAAACAUAAUCGGACAGUUUGGUGUAGGAUUCUACUCCGCAUUCAUGGUCGCUGAUCGUGUAGAUGUCUAUACCAAAUCGUCAAAGAAAGACUCUCCGGGUUACAAAUGGACAUCGGAUGGGUCAGGUAAAUUUGAAAUUCAGGAAGCGGAAAAUGUGCAAUCAGGAACAAAGGUUGUUAUUCAUCUGAAGGCUGACUGCCGUGAAUUUGCCGAUGAAGAUCGCAUUCGGGAAGUCAUUCGAAAGUACAGUAAUUUUGUGGGUAGCUCAAUUUUUCUCAACGGUAAGCAAGCAAACCAAAUUCAACCUAUUUGGCUGAUGGAACCAAAAGAUGUUUCCCAAGAGCAGCACAACGAGUUCUAUCGCUUUGUUGGUAACACCUUCGACAUACCAAGAUUCACCCUGCACUAUAAAACUGAUGUUCCACUGAGCAUUCGCGCACUGCUGUACUUCCCCGAAGGCAAACCUGGUCUAUUCGAAAUGUCGCGAGAUUCCGAUAUAGGCGUUGCAUUGUACACCAGAAAAGUCUUAAUUCAGUCCAAAACCGAAAACCUUCUCCCGAAAUGGCUCCGCUUUGUAAAAGGAGUUGUCGACUCAGAAGAUAUUCCACUAAACUUGAGUCGCGAGUUGCUGCAGAAUAGUGCACUGAUUCGUAAACUUCGAACAGUUCUAACCAACCGCGUUCUUAGGUUUUUGCAUGAUCGUGCCGUUAAAGAACCUGAAAAUUAUGACAAAUUCUACAAGGACUAUGGUCUGUUCCUCAAGGAAGGAAUCGUUACUAGUACGGAGCCACAGGAAAAGGAGGAAAUCGCUAAACUUCUCCGAUUCGAAACCAGUAAAGAGGUCGACAAGAAGGUUAGUCUGCCGGAGUAUUGUAACCAGCAGCAAGAAGGCCAAAAAGACAUAUACUAUCUAGCAGCUCCGAACCGGACCCUCGCAGAGGCCUCACCCUAUUAUGAGUCGCUUAAAAAGAAGGGCAUAGAAGUUUUAUUCUGCUAUGAGGCGUACGAUGAACUGGUCCUGAUGCAAUUAGGACAAUUUUUGGGUAAAAAUCUGGUUUCGGUAGAAAAAGAGAUGCGGCGGUCGGAGAAAUCUGACGAAUCCACCGAGCAGAUGAUUGAGGGUUCGCUACUAAAAUCACAAGUAGAUGAGUUGAUCCCUUGGAUCAAACAAAAGUUGGCUGGUAAGGUGGCCAGUGUUAAAACAACUAACAAAUUAGAUUCCCAUCCGUGCGUUGUAACUGUGGAGGAAAUGGCCGCGGCGCGGCAUUUUGUUAAAACUCAAAGCCAUAACAUGAGCGAGGAACAUCGGUACGCGUUAUUGCAGCCACAGCUAGAGCUUAAUGCCAAGCAUCCGAUCGUCAAAAAGCUGCACAAGUUGAUGUCGUCCGAUCCGGAGUUGGCCGAACUGCUUACCAAACAGUUGUUUUCCAAUGCAAUGGUGGGAGCUGGAUUGGUAGAAGAUCCUCGAAUGUUACUUACCAGUAUGAACGAGCUGCUAGAGAAAGUACUAGAUAAACAUUAGACAAUUUGGUGUGUAGAUUUGUAUGUGUAUAUGCUACUCUAUUGACUGUAGACUGUACUGAACGUAAUAAUUUGUGAAAACAAGUUAGAUCGAUA